AUGGAGGGGAAAAGAGGUGGCAAAGUCGGUGUUUGGGAACUUGAACCAUGUAUCGACUCGGCGCAGUUGCAAUAUUCAGCUGGGUUCAAAACAAGCUCACUGGCAAGAAACCCAACACCAACAUCGUUCCAAACAAUCGUAAGAACUGUUCUCUUUCGUUUUGAUUCCAUGUUUGAUCCCCAUACAUGUUUUUGUCUCCAACAUGUUUAUUCUUCGUUGCUGAUUCGUCCUCCUCCUCAUCUUAUAGACACCACUCAACAACAGCCUUGCAAAGAAGAGUUCAGCGACUGGCCUCAUGGACUGCUAGCAAUCGGAACAUUCGGCAACAAGAUCAAACAAGCACCAAAUCCGCAACAAAAUGUUCCCCCGACACAAGAACAUGUUAAUUAUCUAGACGGUCUUACACCAGAAGAGGUAGGGAAGCUUCAAAAAGAGUUCAACUUGAUAUUUCAAGAACACGUUGAACCACCAUCAUCGGCUAAUCCUGAAGCUCCUUCUGAAGAAAGGGUUUGCAGUGGAUCCUCCGAUGACCACCCCAGCACCAGUUUAGUCCACAGCAGAGGGAAAGAUGUCAGCUUGGAUCACUCCAAAGCUGCAAUAGGGAAGAAAUCAUUGUCGUUUCUUUUAAAGAAGAUGUUCGUUUGUAGCAAUGGAUUCUCACCAGCUCGCAUUAGUUUAAGGGAUCCAGCCAUGGAGUCAAGAAUGGAGAAGAUGUUGAAAACUAUAUUUCACAAGAAGAUAUAUCCACAAAAUCAUGGCAACAAAUUGACUACCAAGAAAUCCCUAGAGAGCAGUGCUCGUAUUACCAAGACUGUCAAUGGAGAUGACGAGACAGAAAAGGCAGAUGAUGGAAGUAAAUGGGUGAAAACAGAUUCUGAAUAUAUUGUUUUGGAAAUAUAA